AUCUUUAGACAGCAAUUUAUCUUAAGGGGUUCAGCAGCACAUCUCUUUUCAGUGUAGGUUUGUGAGCUUCAUUGUCCCCCCGGCUGACUAAUUUGGUGCAUCUUCUUCUAGCAGAGUUGAUUGUUGUGAGAUCGCAGGUCGAGAGGAUGACAGCUCGAGUGUACUGCUCAUUGAGUGUUGUUUUAUUGUGUCUGUUUGCAUGUUUCAGCACAAACCACGCUGGAGUCAUAGCAAAGCCGGGACCGAGUCCAAGCACGAAAUCUGGUGGAGGGAAUUGUGCUGAGAUGUGUUCCUGUGACCGUGACUGUCCCAACCAUAGGAAAUGUGGCAGCAAUGGAUGUGGAUGUCGGUGUAUUGCUCAAAAUAGAGUGAAGUCUGCAGCUGAACUGGCAAAGCCUGCAGUUUGUACUGAAAACUGUCAAAAGACUCACCCUGAUGCCCAAUGUCCUGGCCCUAAGAGCGGUCCUCCAGAGCCUGUAGUGAAGCCUGUGGCCGAACCAGCAAAGCCUCCAGUGAAGCCUGUGGCUGAACCAGCAAAGCCUGCAGUAUGUUCUGAAAACUGUCAAACUCAUCCUAAUGCCGAAUGUCCUGGCCCUAAGGGGGGUCCUCCAGAGCCUGUAGUGAUGACUGCGGCCGAACCAGCAAAGCCUGCAGUAUGUGCUGAAAACUGUCAAAAGACUCACCCUGAUGCCCAAUGUCCUGGUUGUAAGGGGGGUCCCCCAGAACCUGUAGUGAAGCCUGUGGCCGAACCAGCAAAGCCUUUAGUGAAGCCUGCGGCCGAACCAGCAAAGCCUGCAGUAUGUGCUGAAAACUGUCAAAAGACUCACCCUGAUGCCCAAUGUCCUGGUUGUAAGGGGGGUCCCCCAGAACCUGUAGUGAAGCCUGUGGCCGAACCAGCAAAGCCUUUAGUGAAGCCUGCGGCCGAACCAGCAAAGCCUGCAGUAUGUGCUGAAAACUGUCAAACUCACCCUGAUGCCGAAUGUCCUGGCCCUAAGGGGGGUCCUCCAGAGCCUUUAGUGAAGCCUGCGGCCGAACCAGCAAAGCCUGCAGUAUGUGCUGAAAACUGUCAAAAGACUCACCCUGAUGCCCAAUGUCCUGGUUGUAAGGGGGGUCCCCCAGAACCUGUAGUGAAGCCUGUGGCCGAACCAGCAAAGCCUUUAGUGAAGCCUGCGGCCGAACCAGCAAAGCCUGCAGUAUGUGCUGAAAACUGUCAAAAGACUCACCCUGAUACCCAAUGUCCUGGCCCUAAGGGGGGUCCUCCAGAGCCUGUAGUGAUGCCUGCGUCCCAACCAGGGAAGCCUGCGGCUGAACCAGCAAAGCCUGCAGUAUGUGCUGAAAACUGUCAAACUCACCCUAAUGCCCAAUGUCCUGGCCCUAAGGGGGGUCCCCCAGAACCUGUAGUGAAGCCUGUGGCCGAACCAGCAAAGCCUCAAGUGAAGCCUGUGGCCGAACCAGCAAAGCCUGUAGUAUGUGCUGAAAAUGGUCAAACUCACCCUAAUGCCCAAUGUCCUGGCCCUAAGGGGGGUCCCCCAGAACCUGUAGUGAAGCCUGUGGCUGAACCAGCAAAGCCUCCAGUGAAGCCUGUGGCUGAACCAGCAAAGCCUGCAGUAUGUUCUGAAAACUGUCAAACUCACCCUAAUGCCCAAUGUCCUGGUUCUAAGGGGGGUCCUCCUGGCCAUAAAGAAAGCCAAGCAUGCAGUUAAGUGUUCAUUUUUCCAUUGUUUUAUCUUUAACAAAUAAAAAAUGGAAAUCGAUUAA